GUGAGCAGGCUGGACCGUGGCGGGGGAGCGCGGGCAGGACCCCACGGCCGAGAUGGCUUGGCCGUGCAUCAGCCGGGCGUGCUGCAUUGCCCGCUUCUGGAACCAGCUGGACAAAGCCGACAUCUCCGUGCCUUUGGUCUUCACCAAGUACUCCGAAGCCACCGAGCUGCCCGGCACGCAGGUGGUCUUCCAGCAGCAGCAGCCGGCCCGCCCGUUGCCCUCGGCCAUCGACACCCAGCCGGCUGCCCUUGGCGGUGACUCGGAUGGCCUCGCCAGGCCUGCCUCGGGGGCCGACCCCGGGCCGGGACCCCCGCCCAAAGCUGGUGCCCCCGCCCAGCCCAAAGAUCCAGGCUCCCAGGACUCGGUGAUGCGGCACGAUUUCAAGGCCUGGAAAGUCCAGGGGCCACAGCCCAGCUGCAAGCCCAGAAGCGAGUACCACCCGUCGGAUCAGCCCUUUGCCAGACAGAGUCAGUAUCAGAAGGACUUCCGUCCUUGGCCCAUCCCCAAGAGAGGGGACCACCCCUGGAUCCCCAAGGAGAUGGCCAUCCCGGCCGCUGUCGAGCUGGACAAAGGAGCCAAGGAACGGUCCAGCAGCUGGGAAAGAAGAAACCGGGCGCAGAUAGACCAUGAUCGGCUGGAGCGAAGGAAAGAGGAGCCGGCGGGAUUGUCCACCUCCGAAGAAAGGUUAAGCAAGGCCAAAAAGAGGUCCCACCUGUCUGAAGACCAGGCUUGGCCCCCCCAACAGCCGCCGGCACCUUCGGGGAGCCAGGAAGCCGGGAAAGGCCGAGCGGUGGUGGACGCCCUCAACCGGCAGAUCAAGCAGGAAGUUACGGGCAAGGUGACCACCUCCUCUUACAGAAAUGAAUUUCGACCGUGGACGGACAUCAAGCCGGUGAGAGCGAUCAAAGCCAAGUCUCAAUACGAGCCUCCAGAUGACAAAAUCAUCCACCAGACAAGCUACAGUUCCCAGUUUACUGCCGAGGGAGCAAAGCCUGGCCCGCCAAAUAACAAAUUCCUGGAGCACCGAAGAAUACGCACUCUCUAUAGUGAACCUCAGAAAGAAUCUCCAAAGGUGGAGAAACCCAGUCCUCAGCCUUCUAAGCCAAAAAAGACGACCCCAAGCCAUAAAUCUGUGAAAAAGCCCAAAGAUAAGCAGAUGGCAACCAGCCGGGCAUCCAAGAAGAAAAGCACGGAAGCAGCCAGCAGAACGCCAACGGCCGAGGACAAGGAGAAAAGUAAAGAAAUUAACAAUAAGUUGGCUGAAGCUAAAGAGUAAUUCACUGCAGUUACUUGGCUGUUUUUCCUGUCUCUCUGUUUAUUUCUCCUUCCUUCCUUCCUUCCUUCCUUCCUUCCUUCCUUCCUUCCUUCCUUCCUUCCUCGCCACAUAAUUAAUUAGAGACUUCUAAUCAGCGUAUGCUCUGACUGUAUUAGAAGCUCUUUCUGUUGGGUUUUUAAGGAGAUAAAAAAUCUUCUUUAAUGGGCAAGGAAGAGCACAUUUCUCCACAUGGGCAUGACGGUUUUAGCGGAAAAAUGGGAGCAGAGCUGGAGGUUUCCUCAUCCUAAAUUUAUGAAACAAAUUGGGUGGCAUCUUUGCUUCUAAAACUCAGGAAGCUGGUUGGGUUAUAGGCAAAAAGGAUGGGGGGGGGAGAGAAGAGGCAGGUGUUUUUCCAAAGGAAGCAAAAUGGGGUGUUAAACUAUUUCCAGCUCUCUUCAAAUCAAAUUCACAUUUCCAAAGCUGGGGAAACUGCAGCUGUGCUGAAAGACAAUCCUUAGCAAUUAUUAUUAUUAUUUGAACUGGUACAACAGCCUGACACACAAGAUAAUAUCUACAACACAAACUAGGAAAUACAGGUAGUCCUCAACUUAACGAACACAACCGAGGCUCAACAUUACGUUGCUUAAGCAAGACAGUUUGUUCAGUGAGUUUUGCCCCCAUUUUACGACCUUUCUUGCCACAAGUCGUUAACUGAAUCACUGCAAUUGUUAAGUCAUUAACCCAGCUCUUAAGUGAAUUAUGGCUUCCCCCAUUGACUUUGCUUGCCAGAAGGUCGUAAAAGGAGAUCUCGGGACACUGCCACCGUCGUAAAUACGAGUCAGUUGCCCAGGCAUUUGAAUUUUGAUCACGUGACCACGGGGAUGCUGCAACGGUCGUGUGAAAAUUGGUCCCAAGUGUGAAAGUUGGUUCAUAAGUCUCUUUUUCCAGUGCCGUUGUAACUGUGAACGGUCACUAAAUGAACCGUCGAAAAUCGAGGACUUCCUGUAUUAACAAAAUCGCAAAAUCAAUAAAUAACACCAGGGUUUCCUGCCUGAGCAGGGGGUUGGACUAGAUGACCUCCAAGGUCCCUUCCAACUUUAUUAUUAUUAUUAUUAUAAAUAAGAUUCCAAAGGCAACAUAAGAGACUGGCCCCUGGCAUUCAUGAACAUCUGGGUGAACUGCCUCAUGAUUUUUUUUUUCCUCACAGUUUGAAUAAACCAGAUCCUCAGCCCUUGCUAUGAAUUAAACAAACAUUUUCAGUCCUGAUCCGCACGUUACAUGCCUGCUUGUGCAAAUCCUUCUCUGUCCGUUCACACUUGCCUGACCCCACAUAACCUUUUAACACUUUUCAAUUUAAAUGCUGGGUCAGUCUUGGGAGAGCAGAUGGAAGGUAAUGGUGCUGAUCCAGAUGUGCUGAGAUCGGCCUCACAAAAGCUUUUAAUAAUAAUAAUAAUAAUAAUAAUAAUAAUAAUAAUAAUAAUAAUAGUAGUAGUAGUAGUAGUAGUAAAGUUGGAAGGGACCUUGGAGGUCAUCUAGUCCAACCCCUUGCUCGG